CAGCAUGCUUAGCGCCAGGGGAAGGAAAAUGAAAACGGCCAUGUCGUGAGAGGGAUCACGGAGCGGGUUAAUGUGCUUCAGGGUUACCUUUUGUAUUUGUGGUAUGUAGGUUUGAAGUUGCGCAUCGGAAAGUUGAAUAUAUUUGUUCUAGGUUGACUUAAAGGGCAUUCUUCAAAGGUUAGUGGCGUAUUUAAAUCAGCAAGGCAAACAUGAGCGGAGGAGGGACGCCGUACAUAGGCAGCAAAAUUAGCCUAAUCUCAAAGGCCGAGAUCCGAUAUGAAGGAAUUUUGUACACCAUCGACACUGAAAACUCGACAGUAGCUCUCGCUAAAGUUCGGUCUUUUGGCACUGAAGAUCGCCCCACCGACAGGCCUAUUCCACCCCGGGAGGAAGUGUUUGAGUACAUCAUCUUCCGAGGCAGCGAUAUAAAAGACCUAACGGUUUGUGAACCACCCAAAGCCACUAGUUCUCUGCCUCAGGAUCCCGCCAUAGUCCAGUCAUCAAUUGGAUCUUCAAAUGCCUCAGCAGCAUCCUCAUUUCAGUCUCAUGGGUCCUAUGCACCAUUCAGCAGGGCCCCUGUUCCAUCAUACAGCCAGUUUGGCGUUACUCCCCUUGGACCCCAACAGUUUGGGUCCCUUGGAGCUGGAGGACGUGCAAGCCCUCCACUGGACUCUUUGAUAAAAAGUUCCUCGGGGGAACAGGCGGUGCAAGCUCCACCUGCAGCUGCCCCCGCUCCGCCAGCUCCUGUGGGACAGAGGAGUCAGUCAGGAGUGACUGCUCAAAAACCCACCAGCACCUCCACGGGCAGCCAGAAACCCCCUGACCUUCUGGAGCAGAAGAAAGCUUCUGUGGUUCAGACUUCACAGCUAGAUCACGAUCAGGCUGGUGGUGAUAAUCGAGAUUCCAACAAGCGCCAAAUGGGUGGUGCACAGCCUAAUCGCCGUGGGCGCGGGCGAGGAAAUCGCAGCAGAGGCAAACUUAACAUGCGCAGAGAUGGAACCAUGAAGUUUGAGGAAGACUUUGACUUUGAGACUGCCAAUGCUCAGUUUCACAAAGAUGAGAUCGACAAGGAGCUUCAAACUAAGCUAAAACUCAAAGAUGAUAAGCCUGAAAAGGCACUCAAUGGAGAGGAGGCUGCUGACCCAGAAAAUCCAGCCAGCGAGGUGACCGCCGAGGAGGAGGAGGCUGUGAACAACACGUGCUACUACGACAAAACCAAGUCCUUCUUUGAUAAUCUGUCCUGUGAAGAUACGAGGGACCGCAGACCAACCUGGGCCGAGGAGAGACGGAUGAACGCGGAGACCUUCGGCCUCCCUCUCAGACACGGUCGGGGAAGAGGGGGUUUCCGGGGCCGCGGCUACAUGGGGCCUCGCGGAGGCCGGGGACGACCCACCAGCCGCGGUUCCUUCGGGCCCCCCCGCGGUGCCCCCCCAGGUUUCAGGGGUGGAUACAGGGGCGGCAGAGGAGGCCGGGAUUUUUCCGACUUUGAAUACAGGAAGGACAACAAGGUGGCUGCAUAGUACUACAGAGAUCAUCCUCCACCAAUCGUAGCCACUCGUCAUGAAAUAAUUUCCAUUGUAGAACGUUCUUUGGUCUCAGAUUUUGACAGCAAGAAUGAAGACGCUGUUAGUCACCAGCACCUCGGUGGACUGUUUGACAUCAGAGAGUGACGGUCCCGCUCCUUCUUUCCACUUUCAAUCGUUGUUGUUUUGGGCUCCCAAAGUUUUGAUAAACAAGAUUGCUAACUAACACAAAGCUUUGAAACAUUUCUGUCCACAUACUUCACUCUAAUUGGGUUGGUAUGUGUGCGCUCUUUGAGCGGAUCACAGCCAAGUGUGAUCAAUAGCUUUAUUCUUUUCCCCUGUGACGAUGGUUGACACAGAAAUUGACACCACAGCCUGUUACGUGAAAUCCUUCUCUGCCCACUUUGGUUCGGUGUUUUGGAGUAUUUUUACUCUGUUAGCAUCAGUUCUGUUUUCUGCAUCCGUUCGUUGUCAGUCAUUUGAACGAGAUCAAAACCAGCUGAAAGGAUCUGAAACCUAAACUCAAUGUUGUAAUGAAAGAAUGUAUAUCUAGUUCACCUUAUUACCACUGCCCACAUUGCUGUUUGUCGCUAUGACUUCUACUUUUAUGACAUGUGGACUACUUGAUGUGGAUGUUUAGAAUUGGUCAUUUCUUCAACCUCCUGCUUCAGAUUUAGUUCUUAGUUGAGCUUUGCUGGCAAUAGGAACCCGCUUUUGGUUAAGAUCCGUGGUUUUGCAGCAUCAGCUUUACAGUUCUGUUAACUGCUUGUUUUGUUUGGGACCAGGUAUGUUUACAUGGCUAUGAAAAGAGCAGAGGAUUUAUUUCCUCAGUCUGUGGAAGAUGUCCUUUUCUUUUUACUUUUUUUCGGGGAAGUCUCCCAAAACAGUUCAGAAAUGUUCCGCUGUUCGGAAAAGAUCGUUUUUAUUCAUAUUUGCAAGUUUUCAGUACUAAAAAUCUACCUUCACAUCUGCGACGUCCCACACGCUGAUCAUGUUUUUCUUUUUUUCUCCUAAUAUCCUCUUAAAUUGUCUUAAUGUCGCCCUUCAUUCUUUUUUUUUUCCCCCACACACUUGCAGCUUUUCAAGAGUUGUUGCUGAAAAUAGGGAGGAAAUGAUGUCUAAAGUACAUAAAUACACAAAAAACUGCGUUUCUACAAAAUGAUAUCCCUCUGAAGUGUUUGUAGCUCCUCUUGUUGCAUUGCUCUCGUGUGAUUGUUCUCAGGAGGGACUUUUUUUUUUUUACUGACUUGUGAACAAAGGGACAAGAACUGGAUGUGUUGCCAGUAUUUUUGAGAGGGUGCAUCUUAAUUUUGGCUCCAAUUCUUGGUACUUUAGGGAGUGCCUUGGGUGUUGAGUUUUGUUUUUCUUCUCCACAGCUCUUCUUUUUUUUUUUGGCUCAACUGUUUCCUAUAUACAUACGUAAUACAAGCACUAAAAUGAUUUAAAAAAAAAAAAGCUUUUCUGUAACUGGUUCAGAAGAAAAGUUGCUUUAAGCAUUUUUUUGUUUUGUUUUGUUUUGUUUUUCCCAUUGGCAGCUGAGUGCAUGAUUGCCCAGGCAAUUGUCACUUUCAGCUGCUUUUACAAUAACCAGCCAGAUGGAAUUUGAGAUUUGAAAAGGAAAACAUUACAGAACAAUUCCAAACUGACACCUCGCUCUUUUUGUUUGGUCAUGAUUGCUACUACUUCCAGUCACUGGAACUGUUUUGUUGAAUAGCAGCAAAAUUGAGUUUUUACAGGAAAAAAAAUAAAGAGUUGUACAAUUUGU